GUCCAUGCGAGCAAAGGACGGCGAGAAAGGAAGAGCGAAUACCGCAGCGAAAGGAGUCGAUCCAAAGAAACGUGCUCCUCCUUCGCUUUCCUCUUUCCUUCGAUCACCUUCUCCUCUUGAUUAAUUCGUCUUUAAUUCUUCGAAAUCUUCGAUUCGAGAUCGUUUCAAUCGCCAGCGAGAGAUCCCUAUUUCUUGCUCCCCUGUGGGCGAUCGGGGCGAUGGAGUCGGCCGGUGAUGUGGAUUGGCCGGAGGCCGGGAGGCCCGCGGCGAUCGCGCUAGACUUCCCGGCCGGGGAGGCGUCGGCGUCGCCACCGCCGAAGGUGCCGCGGAGGAUCCGGCGGAGGCUCCUUGAGAGUAGGAGUAGCCCUCCGGCGAGCGUGGAGGAGAUCGAGGCCAAGCUCAAGGAUGCCGAACUCAGAAGACAGCAAUUUCAUGAGUGGUUGUCAAGCAAAGCAAGGCCGAAGCCAAGGAGCCCAUCCUGGUCAUCUCAAGAGGAAGAUCUUGGUCAGAGGCUUGAAGCAAGGCUUUUUGCAGCUGAGCAAAAAAGAUUGAGCCUUUUGGCAAAGGCACAGAUGCGGUUAGCUAGGUUGGAUGAGAUACGACAAGCUGCUAAAACUGGUGUAGAGAUGCGUUUUGAGAAGGAACGUGAAGAGCUGGGUACAAGAGUUGAAUCCCGUGUUCAACAAGCUGAGGCAAACCGUUUGCGCCUUCUUGAGGCCCAUAUGCAGAGAAGGGCCGCAGCCCAGGAGAGAACAGCCAGAUCCUUGUUGCAGCGGAUAAUCCGAGAGAACAAAUAUAAAGAGUAUGUUCGUUCUGCAAUCUUCCAAAAGCGUGCUGCUGCCGAGAAGAAACGGAUGGGGUUGUUGGAAGCUGAAAAGAAAAGGGCACAUGCCAGAGUAAUGCAAGCACGCCGAGUAGCUAAGACUGUAUGCCAUCAAAGAGAAAGUGAGAGAAGAAGAAUGAAAGAACAGUUGGAAAAACGUCUUCAAAGAGCAAAGCGACAGAGAGCAGAGUAUCUUAAACAGAGAGGAAGCCCUUAUAGUUCUGCACGCAUUUACUGGAACAAACAAGGGGAUUUUCUUUCAAGAAAAUUAGCAAGGUGCUGGAGGUGGUUUGUGAGAUCAAGAAAGACUACCUUUGCUUUGACUAAAGCUUAUGCAGACUUGGAAAUUAAUGAAAACUCAGCUAAGUCUAUGCCUUUCGAACAACUUGCACUACGCAUUGAAUCGGCCACAACACUUCAGACUGUAAAAGCAUUGCUUGAUCGACUGGAGAGUCGUUUUUUACUCUCCCGGUUAUCUAGUUCAUCAAGUCCGGAGAAUGUUGAUCAUUUGCUAAAGCGCCUAGCAUCUCCCAACAGAAGAGUGGCAUCUGGCAAAGCAACCAGGACUAGAGGAUUGACGAAGAAAGGAGCCAAGAGUUCUGAAUCAAAUAAGCUGCCAAGGUAUUCUGUGAGGGUAGCACUCUGUGCCUACAUGAUACUGGGUCAUCCAAAUGCUGUUCUUAGUGGGCAGGGAGAGCGUGAGGUUGCACUGAUGGUGUCAGCUUUAAACUUUGUUCAGGAGUUUGAGUUGCUGGUCAAGAUCAUAUUAGAUGGUCCCAACAGCGCUCGUUCCUCAAGGCAGUCAUCACCAGAUGUUAUGUCUGAUGACUUGGAUCACCAUCAAGAAUCUGCUGGCCAUUCACCUCGCCAACAGUCUUUCAGAAGCCAAUUGGCAGCUUUUGAUUCAGCAUGGUGUUCAUACCUGUACUGCUUUGUGGUAUGGAAGAUAAAAGAUGCAAGAUCACUGGAGGAAGAUCUUGUAAGAGCUGCUUGUCAACUUGAGCUCUCAAUGAUGCAAACAUGCAAGCUAACUUCUGAAGGGCAGACAUGUGAUCUUAGUUAUGAUAUGAAGGCGAUUCAGAAACAGGUUACCGAAGACCAGAAAUUACUGAGGGAGAAAGUGCAACACCUGAGUGGUAAUGCAGGUAUUGAGCGGAUGGAAUGUGCUUUAUCGGAUACACGAGCCAAAUUUUUUGAAGCAAAGGAAAGUGGGAGUCCUUUGGCGACUCCUGUUGCUCAUAUUGCAUCUCCAUCAACAUCCAACUCUUCAGGUCAGCCUUUGGUUUCUAUCUCUGAGGAGAAGCCUAUUGCGGAUAAUGGGAGAUCCAAUAGUGUGGUUCGUUCUUUGUUUGGAAGUGCCUCUUCUUCAUCACCUAAAGCUAGCAAGAAAACUGAAAGUGUAGAUGUUCAAUCAAGUAGCACAAUGGACAGACAGUUUCCCACAGAGAAUGAACUUCUUGUGAAUGAGAUUCUUCAUGGGGGUUGUGAUAUUUCUACUAAUAAACUCGACAUCAAUGUCAGAGACGAGACUUGUAUCAAGGAAAAAGUUAAAGAGACAAUGGAGAAGGCAUUCUGGGAUGGAAUCAUGCAUGUUAUGAAGGAAGAUGAACCUGAUUAUAGUCGGAUUGUAGGCCUUGUGAAGGAGGUAAGGGAUGAACUAUGUGAACUGGCUCCUCAGAGUUGGAAGCAAGAGAUCCUGGGCAGUAUCGAUCUUGAAAUUCUAUCUCAGGUACUCGAGUCAGGUACUCAGGACACAGAUUAUCUUGGACGAAUUCUGGAGUAUGCGCUGGUCAUGUUGCAGAAAUUAUCAGCUCCUGCAAAUGAGGAUGAGAUGAAAAAAGCCCACAAGAAAUUAUUAAGUGAAUUAGAAGACAUUGCUCAAUCCAGUGACAAACAAAAUGGGUCUUUUGUUAUUGCCACUAUCAAGGGUCUGCGCUUUGUUCUGGAGCAGAUACAGACGCUGAAAAAGGAAAUUAGCAAAGCACGCAUACAGUUGAUGGAACCAAUCAUAAAGGGAUCUGCCGGACUGGACUACUUGCAGAAAGCAUUUGUUGAUCGUUAUGGACCUCCCUCUGGGGCUGCAAGCUCUCUUCCACUAACAGUACAGUGGAUAUCAUCACUAAGGAACAGCCUGGAAGAGGAAUGGAGUGAACAUGUUGAUUCUCUUUCUGUCUUGUCAACAAGUCAUGGUCUUCCCUCUGUUACUUCUCUUCGAACUGGUGGUGGUACUCGACUGGCAUCCAAACAGGGUCAUCUGCUUAUUAAUGCAUCAGGUGGUGAGUUACCGGAGUGCAGUGGUGAAAAGUUUGACAGAUGGGUAAGGCUUGGCCUGUUAAAACUUGUAAGUGCGAUAGAGGGGUUGACCAUUGAGACGGUGCCUGAAACAUUAAAGCUUAAUGUCAUGAGAUUGAGAUCUGUUCAGAGCCAAUAUCAGCAAAUUAUCGUUAUUGCAACAAGCGUUUUAGUCCUUCGGCAAGUUCUUUUCAGCGAGAACUCUGCUGUCUCUCCUUCAGACUUGGAGAGGAUGAUCUCAGAUACCGUCAAAGGGCUGUCCGAACUACUGGAGCGUGUACCUGAUGCAGGCAUCGAUGAGAUCAUUGAGAGGAUGGUGAGCUCGUCAAGCUCAUUAUAUCCUACUUCAGAAACAAAGCUUCAGAGCAGAAAGGAGAUGGUGGGAAGAAUGCUAACAAAAAGCUUACAGAACGAUGACGCGGUCUUUGUGAGGGUGUCUCGAUCAAUUUACCUGGCAGCGCGUGGAGUUGUGCUCGGUGGGAGCGGAGCCCAGGGACGGAGGCUGGCAGAUGCUGCGCUACGGCGUGUUGGAGCUGCCCUGCUCUUGGAUCAAGUGGUGAAAGCAGCAGAAGUAUUGAUCAUGGUGGCAACCACCUCAGGCCUUGUUCAUGGGCCAUGGUACAGAUGCUUGGUAUAGAAGUGUAACCUACAUGUGACUUGGUAUAGAAAUGUUGCUUAGAUGUGAUUUGCACAUAAGAAAUUUAAGCCAGCAGUUCCACUUCGCAGUUGUUGUGUAGGGAGCAAGGACCUUAGCAUGCAUCAAUUGUCCAUAGCAAGGUGUCUAGGUGUACAGAAAUGGAAUUGUGUUUAAUAAAGUUCGUUUUUAUCAGUUAAUUAA